UGUGCCUCUUAGUGCCGCUCGCGAAAGUCCGAAUACCGCUUUGUUAGACCCUGCUUUCCUCCAAUACUGCACCGAUCAACCGUUCUAAGAAGUGUGAAAGGAUUUUGUAACAGGAGGACCUCUGAUUGGCAUAUGUAAGCAGUCGACCGCAGCAUUCAACCAUCACAGUGUGAGAGCGGGUGCCAGUUAAAUUUCGACGAGCAAACACAACUAGAAUAGUGCAAAAUAACAGGCUGUAUUCCAAAGUGACAUUGCGUUUUGACGUGGCGAAAUAGUGUGUAUGUGCACACCGGUUGACUCCUGAUAGUUUCUUCUGCGAUUCGAUAACAUGGACCAACAACAUUACUGUUUGCGGUGGAAGUACCACCGCAGCAAUCUUCAGGUCAUGUUUUCGCAGCUGUUGGGCCGUGGGUGCUUCUGCGAUGUAACACUGGCAUGCGAGGGACAAACGAUCCGUGCACAUCGGGUUGUACUCUGCGCAUGCAGCACAUACUUUGAGAACCUUCUGACUAACUGCUACAGCGAAGAAAAGGAUCCGAUUAUUAUCAUGCACGAUGCGCGGUAUGACGACAUCAAAUGUUUGAUCGAGUUUAUGUACAAGGGAGAGAUCAACGUCGAGCACGGUGCCCUCACAUCGCUGUUGAAGACUGCCGAGGACCUGCGUAUCAAAGGAUUGGCCGAAGUGUCCUGGCAGGAAGGAUACGACGAUACCGAAGACAUUAUCGCGAGUAGCGAUGGUAAUCUUAGCGUCAGCGAUGGUGGCAGUGCUGCAAUCAUAGAGAUGUCUAGCCUUGUCUACAAUGACCCCUCCGAAGGCUUCGAUCGUGUGAGUGCCGUCCAAUCUAGUGCACAAAACUCUGCGCAAGACCAAACAACUCUUGUUGUAUCCAAUGAUGACGAAGAUUGUAUCAGUAACAGCAGUAGCACUAGUUUCAGUAUUCCGCAAAACAGUACCCCUAGGUAUAUAACAGAUCGUAAUAAAAUAAAUUCAGAUCAUGCAUGCAGUACACAAAGUAGUAUAGCGAGUAGUGAUAAACAUAGCAAUAAGAAUACUAGAAGUAGCAUCAGAGUCAUAGACGAAAGCCGAUUACACAAUCAAGAACCGCGCAUGUUGGUUCCAAUACCUGACAUCAUCGGGAGCUUUACAAAAGCAGAGACCGUCGACAACGCGCCACUUCAGUCGCCAGCAGGUUUUCCCUUUUCCAAGGCUUCGUUAACGAACAGUUUCGUUAAGAAAAAGCGUGGGCGUCCACCACUAGAUAAGGAGUACAAGACGUUUCAACCUUUGCCGAAGCUGGCGCAUAUCGAUCAUAACGUAUUCCCUUCCUUCUUUGAAAGCAACAUCGCGUCCAUUCCGGUCACUUUGGAGCGACCGGAUGCACCAAGACUUUGUUCGCGUAGGCUUUCUGAGCAUGAUAGGAUAUAUUCGUCAGAACCGAGGCCACGACCAGCGACUCCGACUAGUGGUGACGAAAGUUGUAUCCAACGUGCCCAGGAAGCAAAGACUGAGCUAACGGCGAAUUGUACCAUUGGUUCAAUGCGAUCGUGUGCAACGGACAGCUUUGAUGAACGCUCACCUCUAAACGAUUCAGUCAUGCUGACGCCAUUGGAGCAGGAAAAAUGGAAAGAUGUCGUUAAGAUGAGUGAUUAUCUGGCAAAAGGACGGCGACCACAGUUCUGGGAGGAACCAUUCACUAAGCGGGUUAUGGACGGCAUUAACAACAAAACGCUAGAGAUGAAAAAGGCAGCAAAGAUCCUAGGUGUAUCGUAUGGCACACUUUACGGCCGGUAUCGAGAAACAUAUGGAUGCCUGAAACAUCCGUACAAAGGACAAUUUAUGGUUACGGGUACGCGGAUGCAAGAUGUAUGGCAUACGAACGGCAGCAACGUGAGCAUAUCAGAGCUUACAAACCGAAUACAACAGGACCGGAUCGUGUCAACUCGGGCCGCUGAAAUGCUUAGCGACAGGCCCACGGCAAUCAUGAGCUACCUGGACCACGUAAGUACGAUGCGCGAACACCUGCUGGCACGAACUCCCGAUGUUGUGAAUACAAACCAGGUGAACGACUGCUAUCAAACGCCCGCAAUGAAAGGUGAAAACGAAUCGACAGGAAAAUAACCAUUGCGUACUUGUGCAUAGAACUGUCUAAGGCAUAAGGAUCGAAACUUAUAGAACUACCAAUCGAUAGGAUUAUGUAUAGAACUGAGUGUGUAGCAGAUCUGCUGAAGUAUAUUUUAUAAUGUAGCAAUUCCUUCCGUAAACACCUUGUAAUAGUAAGUAUUCAUAUAAUGUACAAGUAUGCCUAAGGUAGUUGAAUCAACUGAGAAUAUUUUUUAAGCACCUGCAUAUGUCGUGAGUUUUCAUUGUUUGUUCGUUAAAAUUAGUUGUAAGUUUUAUGGCUUCAAAUUAUUGUAUUUAUAAGAACCUGUACAACAAUGUGUGAACUAGUUAUGUAUUUUGUAUAUUUUCCAUUACAUAGAGUAAGACAAGCUUUAACAAGUUUGUUUUGAUUUAUAGUGUAUAUGUUGGCUUGAUUGUAUCAUAUGCAACACAUGCAGAAGCAACUUGCGCAAGCCUUAAUAAAAUUAUGUCAUACAGAGGGUAAGAGAAUCAGUUUUUUAUCAUACUUUGGGUCUAUUUUUUACAAAGGCUUUCCCAUGCGUAUUAUAUAGCCAAAAACAUAGCCAAUCAAAGAAACAAAAACCAACAGUUCUUUUUAAAAAUAUUUUAAAUACCUUGUCCUUGCAUAUGUUUUAUUUAGAUUAUUGCGAUAAAGUCCAUGGAUAUUUCAAAUAUAAGGCAUACAUUUUCUAUAUAUGAGAUUCAAUGCACUGAUGUGUUCUAACAAAACUGG